AUGGAGGCUGGGAAAUGCUCUUCCCCUUCAAAUGAUGAACAAAAAUGGAGGAUUCUUCGAGGAAAGGCGACAAAAAAUUCCUGUGAGCUCUCCGGCGAAAAAAUUCUUCGACAGAAGGGGAUUUUGCGUCCACCCUGGUAUAAAGAAGAACAUAUAGCUGUAAACAAGCCCGAAUUACCAUGUGGGGUGUCCGAGCUGAAGCAAUAUGAUGGGCCUCAAUGCUUUGUUAUUCCUGGAAACCAUGAUUGGUUUGAUGGACUUCAAACCUUCAUGAGGUACGUAUGUCACAAGAGCUGGUUGGGUGGAUGGUUUAUGCCUCAGAAGAAGAGCUACUUUGCUUUGCGGCUACCGCAUAGGUGGUGGAUAUUUGGUCUUGAUCUGGCUCUCCAUGAUGACAUUGAUGUAUACCAAUUCAAAUUCUUCUCAGAAUUAAUAAAGCAAAAGGUUGGGGACAACGAUUCUGUAAUCAUUAUGACACAUGAACCAAAUUGGCUUCUUGAUUGGUAUUAUAAUGGUGUGACCGGGAACAGUAUCACACAGCUGAUACAUGACCACUUAAAGGGCAGGUGCAAACUUCGAAUGGCUGGGGAUUUGCAUAAUUAUAUGCGCCAUUCAUUUGUUCCUUCAGAUAAGCCAGUUUCUGUGGAACAUGUACUUGUUAACGGUUGUGGUGGGGCUUUUUUGCAUCCCACCCAUGUCUUAAGGAAUUUCAAUGAAUUGUAUGGGACCUCCUGUAAAAGCAAGGCUUCAUAUCCCUCUUUUGAAGAUUCAAGCAGGAUUGCUCUGGGAAAUAUUUUGAAAUUCCGAAAGAAUAAUUGGCAAUUUGAUUUCAUUGGUGGCAUUAUGUACUUUGUGUUGACCUUUUCGAUGUUCCCACAGUGUAAGCUAGGCCAGAUUUUACAGGAUGAUACAUUUUCUGGUCACCUAAGGAGCUUCUUUAGCACAGUGUGGGAUGCUUUUAUAUACAUGUUAGGACGUUCGUAUGUAUCUUCAGCAGGUGCUCUGUUAUUGUUAAUAGCUGCAAUCACAUUUGUACCCUCCUACGUAUCUCGGAAAAGCAGGGUAAUAAUUGGGAUUCUUCAUUUUGCUGCCCAUCUGUCUGCGGCAUUAAUUCUUAUGCUGCUGUUGGAAUUGGGAGUUGAGACAUGUAUUCGGCAUGAAUUAUUGGGAACUUCGGGUAAAAUUUUCUGUUCCAUUUCCUUUGUGAAUUGGGAAUAUGAAGGUUAUCACACUUUAUAUGAAUGGUUUCGAUCAGUGGAGAGUGAGCAUUUUCCUGGCCCAACAGGCCUCCGGACUCGUAUAGAACAAUGGACAUUUGGCCUCUAUCCAGCAUGUAUUCAGUAUCUAAUGUCUGCAUUUGACGUUCCAGAGGUCAUGGCUGUCACGAGGAAUAAUAUUUGCAAGAACAGUAUGGAUUCCCUCUCCCGAGGGGGUGCUGUGAUAUAUUAUGCUUCUGUGUUCCUAUAUUUCUGGGUUUUUUCAACUCCAGUGGUUUCUUUGGUCUUCGGAAGCUAUCUGUACAUCUGUAUUAACUGGCUUCACAUACACUUUGAUGAAGCCUUUUCCUCACUUCGUAUUGCUGAUUACAAGGCAUUUACACGCUUCCAUAUCCUCGACAAUGGCGAUCUUGAAGUUUUCACCCUUGCAGUCGACAAGGUUCCUAAGGAAUGGAAGGUGGAUCGUGAAUGGCGUUACGAAUCCAAAGAGCAGUUGAGCCACCUGAGACAGUUUCCAAGCAAAUGGACAGCUGUUUCCUCUCAGCUGGACCCUGAAAAAACUGUCCGGAUUGUUGACCACUUUGUCAUUAAACAAACACAAAUAUCUGUCCCGGAAGCAGUGAAUGGGUCAGUAACUUCUUGACCUUUGAUUUGAUUUUUGUAUGUAGUCUUUAGCAAUCAAUUGGAACAAGAAGAAAAGGGGAAGAAAAUGGUGUCGAAUGUAUCUUAUAUGGUUCAAACCAAUCAAUUGGAGAAAAUGAUAGAAUUUGCUUACUUUUUCCUCUUUUUUUUUGGCAAGAUUAUGUGGUCGUGCGCUUUGAAUUCCCUAUUUUGUACUGAAUUUGAACAGUCAGUCAGCCAGAAAUGUAUGCCCCAUUGCUAGUGCUGCAAAAGAUGUG